GAGCCAGGCCUAAGAUUCCCGUUAAGUUAUAUCUCCACUCCAUGCACGGAGAAAUCUGUAGAACCGUGUGUAACGAUUCUAGUAUUUGUGAUUAAUACGGCAGACACACGGUUGGUAGUGGGAAACCCCAGUCACAUACUAACUAAGAAGACAAACUGAUAAGGGUCAGAAUAAUCACUGGCAGUUUGUUCAGUUCUUGGCAGUCGAUUGCGUUGAGAAGAAAUAAAACUAAACCGUUUCGAAACAAUGGCUAGUGUAAACGGUUCUGUGAUCUGUCUGCUGUUGGUUUUGUUUUCAUUCAGUCAUGGUGAGCGUGAGUACGGUGCACGCUUUCACUUUCCGGACAAAGCACAAUUGGAGCUCAGUGAUGUUUUGAACAAGGACUGCGGCAGUACCGAAUACGAAGAUCGUGAUCGUCCAGCGGAAAGAAGACUUCAGGAAUCACCCUGGCUGGUUCUGUUCUACUACCCAGACGAAUCCGUCCAUUUCUGCCAUGGUACACUAAUUACACGGACUCACAUUCUAACGACAGCAGUGUGUGCCAGUAAUAUUGCGGUAAAUGAAACUUCGGUGGUGUUGGGUGAAUACGAUCUCGCUACCGAUCAGGACUGCGAGGGAGUGAAGUGUUCCGAUCCCGUGCAGCGACGAUCGGUGGAAAAAGUAAUCAUUCAUGAUGGUUACAAUCAGGAUACGUUUCUGCACGAUAUAGCAAUAAUCGUUAUCGAUCGAGAGGUGCUACUUAGUGAUUCUAUCAAACCAAUCUGUCUACCGCUGAUCAAGUUCGAAAUCGGUACGGUCAACCAGCCGAAUGUGUACAACAGUUUGUGGACGACAAUGCAGCGUCCGCAGCAAUACUGGAUGCGUUACGUCGAACUGGACGACUGCCGGCAGCUGGUCGGCCACAAGAUUAACCUGAACGAGGGCCAGAUCUGUGCCAGAAGCUACAACAACAAGACCAUCGAGAUGACCGGUGGUGCCGGAUCGGCACUGGAGGUCGAGUACCACAGUCGCAUGUAUCAGGUGGCGAUGCUGUCGAUCGGAAUCUUGGAAUCGGAACCGGGAACUCCAUUCAUCUACGUCGACAUACCGAAGUACGUCCAGUGGAUUCACGACACGGUCAAGAGCAAUUGAACGGGAGCGCUUCAUUUUGUGUGAACAUUGAUUUGAAGAAAUAUACGCAAAUGGUAUAAAUGAAAA